AUGGUGAAAAAACGGAAACUGAGCACCCGCAUUCCUCCAGCUCGCGAACUAUUUCCGGAAAAGUUGCCUUCGGCAGAAACUCAAGAGGACCUUGGUGAUGUCAUCCUUGAUGCCGAUCCAGAGCGAAGUGAGCUGGCUGAAGAGCUCCGGCAACAGACCUUGGCAGCCCUAAGUGCGUGGUUGCGACGCGCGGAGGUCUCCAAGCCGCCAGCUGGUUCCCCGGAGUCUGCAUGGCCUGUAUCGCCACGACAGGUUCGAAACACAAAGGCUACUUGCGCUGCUGGCACGUGGACUGAGUUCGUGCGCGAUACCUUGCACGAACGAUUAUCUGAAUGCUUGACAUGCGCCUGGACACAUACCUGUGGGGAAGCGAGCGGCGAGCCACCAAAUCAGCGCUUCCGGAGAAUCUGCAAGACGUUGAUCCGGACGCACCGUUCGUUCUUGGCCUUACAAGUGCAAGUCCAGCAGGUGGAGGCAGUACAUCAGCAGCCCAGCGAGCCAAAGAGAGGGCACUUCGCGACCACGGCAGCUCACGAGUUCCACCUCGAGGACUUCUGGCAAAGCUACAAGUGCCGGCCCUCAACUAGCUGGGCAUCUGCACCAGUAGUUUGCACUUCGUCGGACACAUGGGACUUGCAGUUCCGCGGGAAGAGAUCGACGCCGAAACCAGAGAUCUUUGGGAGUUGGACUUCCUCCUUAUUCGGUGUGCGGCCCUCCAGCAGAGCUGCGACAGCUCCGGGAGGUGCCCGCAAAGAUUUCUCGUCGACACGAACUCAAAUGUCUCUGAAGUGGACUUCCUCGCUCUUUUUGGAUGGUGGCGACUCUCCUGUGUCUACAUGGGCUGAUCUGCCAGGACCCGCUGCCGUAAACGAUCUCGAUGAGUCUGUCUUGGACCUACAGAACAUGGACGUCUCCACCCGUUUCGGUUGGUGUUGCUAUUUGCGAGAGGUGGUGAACUCGCCAAUGAUUCUGGCCGAUCCGGGGAUGUUGGACAAAGUUGAAGGCUUGGACGAGUUGCCGGUGAUGGACGCACCGCUCGAACAGUACAUACAUGCAUGCAGCAAGCUCGGCACUCGACCACGGCCGUUGCCGUUCGUCACGGGCCACUCGCCGAACCUCCACGCAGCAAACCACAGCCUCACGGACCAGGAUUUGUUGAGCCUUCUGACCUUGACCAGGCAGGUAGAGCUUGUUGAGGAAGUGGAUCUGUCGGACAACGCAAACCUGACUGACAGAGGAAUGAUGCCGUUCCUGCGAGAAGUCGGUGAGAAGAAGACAUGCCUUUCCUUGCUGAACUUGAGCCGCUGCCGAUCACUGGGCGAAGCCUCCAUCAACUUGCUUACCGCCAUCAUGAAUCAAGGCGGCUUGGGUCUCCUGUGGUCGCUGGAGCUGAGCGGAAUCGCCCUGCCCAUGGGCUCCGUGCGCCCUCUGCUCGAUGCCAUCGGACAGCACCCGACCCUGAGCAAAGUGGGCUUGGCGAGUCUCGGAAUUGGGCGGCUUGGAGUUCGCAGCGCCAAAGGCAGUCUCAGCUGCCUUUUUCAAGGCUACUUGCUGGAGGAGGUUGACUUGUCUUGGAACACCUUCGACAGUGCAUCUUUUGCACAGCUGGGCCGCUGCUUGACAGCUGCGGUGAAGCUUCGCACCCUGAGCAUUGCCGGAUGUUCCAGCUCAUCGCGUUCGACUCGGGACUUGCCAAUCGAGCAUUUCCUUGAACAGCUGCCGAAUGCCCAUAAAUUGUCUUUCCUGAACAUUACAUUCAACCACAUAGACUUCCGUGGCGCGUUCAUCCUCGAAGACGCGUGUGAGAGCCUGCGGUGCCUGAAGCAGCUCGUGAUCGUCGACAACCCCCUUGGAGUGCGUGGGCAGCGCUGCCUUUUCCGGCUCUUGGCCCAGAAGACGUCAGGCUUGGAAUGGUUCGACUGUGAAGGGUGCGCAUAUGAAAGUGCCUCCUUCAGUUUGGACAAGGACUCGAAGCAGGUCUUCUGCCCAGAAAGUCCCUCGGGGCAAUUUGAGUUUGAUCUGGCUCGGCCUUACCAUCGAGCUCUUCUGCGGCGCCUCUACAAGACAAGCGAGCGAUUCAGAAUCAGACCGUCCGUUUCCUUUGGACAGCUGAAGAGCUCCACUGGGUACCAGCAUCCUCACAAGAAUCGGGGUACCUGGAACUUAGCCACUGGAGGAGAUCUCACAGUAAGUUUCCAAGUGGACGGCAUAGGCAAUGAGUCCUUGGAGGGAGGGCGGUUUUCAAGCUUCGACGGCUACCUUGCCCAGUAUACACGGAACCGGCGAGUCAAGCCUGCUGUGCACAAGGUGGUUCCCCUGCUAGCACUUUGGAGGAGGAAUCGCUUCCGAGCCAAGGAGCAAGAGACCAUGCUGCAGUGCUUGUUCAAGGACUUUGUCUUGUCCGUGGAGCAGAUCCGGGCUUUCGUCUGGGCCAGUGCAGUGAACCAGACAGAGUACUUGUGCGCAUGCAGUCUACCUCAAGAUCGACUUGUCCAAGUCAUGUCGAUGCUGCAGACAACCACGAUGGAGGAGUAUGUCUCCAGAUGCAAGUACCUUCGCACGUUUAUGUGCGUCAACUAUGACUGUCCAACCGGCCACUACCAGCUGGACAUGUUGUCAGCGGCGGACCGGGCAGUCGGGCAGCACUUGUUCGUUCUCAACGCGUGGGAGAGUGCACUCGACAGACGCAUGCAGCGGAUGGACCUCUCCGAACUUGGAGAUGGGUCACACUGGCGAAACAUCACCCACGAGGGCGGUCCGUGGAAGAUGGAUUGGACAAGGUGGCUGCCGCCGCUUGAAGGCAUGCUUGACUUUGACUACGUGUCUGCACGGAGACCAGACCCCAAGCAAACUCCAAUCGACCUUCCCAACUUCGCUCUCAUGCUGAAGUUACUGGCGAGCUUCGAUGAGGCGCCUCUGGCGAAGUUCCUCGCAAUAAGACGAUGUGGACACCGACUCUUCCUGACCAGUGCACAACUGCGCGAGCUUCUGUGCUUGUGCAAGACGGUUGACGCGAAGCUGCAGCUUACGAUCUUGCUUUACUUUCAGGUGGUGGAUAUUUGGAAUGCGAAAGUCUUUCGGGUGCUCUUCGAACCCGCGGCAAGCAGGCAGCUGCAGCAGUGCUUGGGACAUGUGGUGACCUUCCUCUUCCUUCAGCCAGAGGGCUUCGUGGACCUCUCCUUCGAUCAGCGAGAGCAGCGCCUGCUGGCUCACUGCCUCGCCCUUCUGCGGAGCAAGGAGAAGUCCACCAUGAAGGACGCGGUGCUUUGCGACAAGACCGGCAGGCUCAUCACAUUGUCAAAGGGGCUGCCAAAGUCAUGGGAGAACCCGGAGAAGGUGCCGAGUCGGGGCGCAGUGAGCGCGACGUACCGUUGCAUCCCCGAAGAGCGGAAUAUCUCGUUCAGGAAGCAGCUGCAAAUGCAAUUUGGUGGCUGGAAACUUGCGACCAUCUCCAAGCAGUCCGUGAUGUGGUGCGCAAGCAAGGCAGAAGUGCCAGAAGAUGUCCUCAGCUUGCUACACCAUGUCCUGCGGGAGCCGGCCAGAAACGGCUCGCAAACCUACAGCACCGAUGCAGGCUUUGAUCUGUUGGCAAGCCAGGUCAAUAAAACAGCACUCACACGACAGGACCUUCUCCAAGCUCUUUUCUCUUGGGGUUUCCUCCCAAGCAUAGAUGAUGAGCUGGUCUUGCAUCGGGCAGAUGCAAUUUUUGACUUCUUUGUUCCUGGCCGGCAGAAGUUCCUGUCCCGACGAGAAUGGAGCAUUCUUGAAGAGCUGUGGCGCGAGACCCAACAGCAACUCCACGAUCUGGCGCGGUUCACAGCUCGCAAGUUUGGUUCUAAGCCGACCGAGAAGCUUUGGUCUGCUGUCGACGGAGAAGGAGAAGGUAGCCUCAGCCUGGCAGAAUGGUCGCGGGCCAUCAAGGAGAAGCUCAGUUUCCACGGUCCGGUUGACCAGGUCUUUGCCUUCAUGGACAAGGCUGGCAUCGGCAACGUGUCCAUGGCGCAGCUGGAUGCCGUGAUGCCAGCACUUGGGGACUACUUGGCUGCUUGUGAGGGACAACGUGUGUCGCAAGCAUUCUUGAAGAGAGCAGGAUCAUGUCAGUCGCCACCACCUCGAUAG